AUGGACAUCACUGUUCUUGCGCAAUCUGGAUCGCGCGCCAUUAUACGCUUCGCCAAUCCAGCUGCAGCUGCAAGUGCAAGUGCGAUAAUGUCGCCUGCAUGUCCAGCAGAAGCAGAUGCCUCGCUCGUACCUGGCUCGCCUGCCACUGUUGCUUCUCUAAAUCAUUCGUCAGACUUGGAAGCGAAAGCAGAGUUGGUCGCGACGAAGCGUGAUGUGCUGUCUGAUCAAACCACAGUUGCAGAUGUCAAGGCAAGGCUGCUACAGGCAUGGCCAGAUGGAUUUUCAGAUCCACCAGCAGAUGCUUCUUUCAUCAGGCUCAUUUAUGGAGGCAAAGUUCUUGAGGAUACUCAACCACUUCAAUCACUCAUGCCAGCGGCUUCAGCUGACACGGCACAAGCAAGCACGGCAGUUCUACAAUCUCAAACGCAGGCGUUGACGAUGCACAUUUCUGUACGGCCAGCGAGUAUGGCCCUGUUGCCAACGCAAUCUAAAUUUGGCAGUACGCAUCGUAGGUCUCACAAUGGCCAUGAUGCGCCUGCUUCAGCCCAACAAGGUAUCAGUGGUCAUGCAGAACAGAGUCAUACACGCUCUCGCGGAUGCGGCUGCUGUUUGAUUCAAUAA